AGUUGGCAGUCAAGGAGGGAUGACUCUCAGAUCACACGUGGAGCAAACUCAAAGCAAAAUCGAGGGUAGCAAAGGACAGGUGGGCCUUGGGCCACGCCGGCAGGGAACUUCUCGUGCCGGUCAAAAGCGUAGGCGGGGGGAGAUGAAAACUCGUGUGUCCUCUCGAAAGGCUGGUACGGCCAAGGACCGAACGAUAGCGUUCUCCAUCUCUGAGGAGGAGAUCGAGUCUUGGCCAGAAUUGAACACUUUGGACAUGUCUCAAGUCCCUCUCAAGAGGACCUCACCGGGUCCGACGAAAAAUCCCAAGGAUAUAUAUCGUGUAGAAUUCCGUGUUGCGUCUCUUAUGCGCAAAAAUAGAACACCUCACAAGGAAACGUUUGUGUUUCCGUACCAUAAAAACUCGGCAUCUAUCUGUGCCUUCACUGGUUAUGUAGAAUCAACCCAGUACGACCUCGACAACUCUAUGCUCACCGUGCUAGAUGCGUCACAGGCUUACGAUAUGUCACCCGAAGAAUUUCAGGCAAUGGUCGGUGACCCUAUCAUCUUGACGGGACAGCAGCAGUCAGUCGAGUUCGACGUUCCAACCCUUUUCAACCUCAUCGACUUUCGGUCCAGUAUGCUCUGUAUAGAUUCCGAUGCAGUGGACGAACUGUUCGAGAUUUCCGCGCGGGAAGCUGCAUACGAGAUGUGUCAUUGGCCAACAUCUAGGCCGCUCAUCGUCGAGCAUGCCCCAACAGCUGCGAGCCUAUAUCAACCGGUGGAGAGGCUCCUUAACACUCACGGCGUGGCCCUGGCGGACUUUGCAUUGGAUGAUCAUCAUGUCCGAGACUGGCGAGGCCCAAUGAUCUCCGCCGUUGGAUCCGUGCAUCCACCCCAUCAAAACCCGAACGGCCUUGGGAUCAGCCUCUAUUGCGCUAGUGGCCAUGUGCUGAUCGUGAAUUUCGGUGAUGUGGACGUGCAGACCCCAUUGGGGUUCGAGUACUUGUACCAGGCCCCACACCGGUACGGUUCAUUCGUGCUUUCCGCAGGUCAAACAGUCGUAUUUCCGCCUGGGCAAAUAUAUGCCUAUGCGACGAUUUCAAAGGAGGGAUCGACGAGCCAUGGAUAUCUCUUAUGGCGAGUUUGGUUGGAUCGAAGUUCCAAUGACGAAUCUACGAUCGGGGACUCAUCGGUGACGACGUCCUUGAUUGCGAUGGUGUUGAAGGCGGUAGACGCCCUGUCUACCCCUGACAAAGAAAUUGUCCAUUCCCCCGAUACCGCGAACCUCUUUUCAUUAGCAUCGAUGGCGAUGAUGUUCCUCGGAACUCAUGGGCCAGAUAUGAUGAAAAUAGCCAAAGCUCUGAGUCGCCAUUACCUUCGGAUCGCGAAUCAUGCGUACAAAGAGGAUUGCCUUACUUCCCGCGAGCGUGAAGAAUACGAUAUAAUGGCAACUUUCUUCCGUCGCAGUAUGAUGACUGCGGUUAAGAACAUGUUUUCUUCCGAAGAGUAAUGUGCUUGUAUUCUUUGUAGUUUAACGCAUGUACUCGAAUAACA